GGAGGAAAAGAAGCAAUUCCGUGACCACAAAGGGAGUCUUUAUCAGCGGACAGAUAUGGACGUUAAUGCACAACACAGACGCUGUUGUCUAUUGUAAGGAGGACCGCGUCCUGCGGUCGGAAAGCUCUGGUAUAUGAAGAGUUAAGACUCGACAUCCCAACUGUUUAUUUCGGCAGCUAGCAGGCUAACUGGCUAGAUACCUUACAGGAGCUAGACAUGGGAAGCCCGUGUGAGUUUGCUUAAUAGAGAUCUUCGUCGAGCUUUGAGGAGGCUGUUUUCCGUUUAGAUAUUAUCGGAGGUGAUUGAAAGUAUCCGUCAACCUGCCUCGUAAGGAACUUUGAAGAAUGAUACCAACUGAACGCUAAAGCAUUUCACUACUACAGACCCGGAGAGGAGCACACACACACAACAAAAAGUCAGACAGGUUUGCUGGCUCGAGGUUGCACUCAAACACCAGAAAGGGAGAACAUGACUCACUGGAGUCUGCCAGAGACUGGCACGGGGCAGCUGCGCCAACCUUGCCCCUGCCUGCGGCUUUAGAAACUACCCUGUUACACCAUGACGGAGAGGCACUGAGGUAGCUCCCUGACAAUCAUCUCAAUACCUCUCCUCCUCCCUAUCCCUUAAGACCCCCAUCCCCCGCCCCUGCCCCAUCCCCAUCAUGCUGCGAUUCCUGCCUCUCAAACUUGGCCGCCUGUACCGCUGUCUGAAGCUCCUGUUGGUGGUGGGAUUGUUUGUCAUCUUGUUGAUGAACACCCACAACCUGUUCGCAUCCUUCCAGAAGAAUGAGCUCACUGACAGGCGCUUCAUCAACCUCAACAAGUGUCCUGCCUGUUUUGGCACCAGCUGGUGCCGCAAGUUCAUGAACGGCCAGGUUUCCUUUGAGACCUGGGGUCGCCUGCGAUUCCUAGACGUCUUCAAUGUCAAGAAUGUUUACUUUGCCCAGUACGGUGAGCCCAGGGAGGGCACCCGUCGUGUAGUGCUCAAACGUCUCGGCUCCAACCAGGAGCUGGCUGAGAUAGACCAGAAAAUCUGCAAGAGGGCCACAGGUAGGCCACGCUGUGACCUCAUCCAGGCAAUGUACAAGACAGAAUUCGCCCGGAUCAAUGGCGAUGUUCGUCUGCUCACCCCAGAGGUGGUGGAGGGGUGGUCAGACCUGGUGCACUGCCCCUCUCAGAGGCUGCUGGACCGCGUGGUCCGCAGGUACGCUGAGACCAAAGACUCAGGCAGCUUCCUGCUCAAGAACCUUAAGGACACAGAGAGAAUGCAACUGCUCAUGACCUUGGCGUUCAACCCGGAACCGCUCGUACUGCAGAGCUUUCCGUCAGACGAAGGGUGGCCAUUCGCCAAGUACCUGGGAGCAUGUGGGCGUGUGGUAGCUGUCAACUACGUGGGUGAGGAGUUGUGGAGCUUCUACAACGCACCCUGGGAGAAGAGGGUAGACCUGGCGCGGCAGUUGAUGGACAUCGCCGAGCAGCUCACCAACAACGACUUUGAGUUUGCCCUAUACCUGCUCGACGUCAGCUUUGAUAACUUUGCGGUGGGCCCACGCGACGGAAAGGUCAUCGUCGUUGAUGCUGAGAAUGUUCUCGUGGCAGACAAACGGCUGAUCAAGCAGAACAAGCCAGAAAGCUAUGACGUGUGGUACGAGAGCCGCUUUGAGGAUUGUGACAGGGAGGCCUGCCUGUCUUUCUCCAAGGACUCACUUUGUUCCAGGGUCACUGUUGACCACAACUACUAUGCCGUGUGCCAGAAUCUGUUGUCGCGGUACGCUACGUGGCGGGGCACUACUGGAGGCCUCCUCCAUGACCCUCCCGCCCACAUAGCCAAAGAUGGACAGCUCGAGGCCCUGUUAGAUGAGUGCACCAAACCCAAAAAGCGCUACGGCCGCUUCCAGGCGGCUAAGGAACUGCGCGAAUACCUCACACAGCUAGCUGCUGCUUCCUACUCUGCUACGGCAAGGAACCAGAGAGACUGAAACAGCUGCACAUAGGAAAAGGAA